AAAAAUUUGAUUAAUCCCUAUAAAGUCAGAGCUGAAACUCCAACCCUUUUUUGAUCGGACUGUGUGAUAGAAAAAGAGAAAAAAAAAUGGGCUCUGGGUGGUCAGAAGAGCAGGCUGCACAGUCGCAGCCGCCACCGCCAGCCACUGGCAGCGCCGCCAGCCACGGCGGAGCAAAGGUGGCAGAAGUGAAGCAACUGGGUCAUGGGUUGGAAGCUAUUCUGAAAGAUGCAGACUCCGCAGUGGACAGAUCCUCCAUGGAUAAGCUUCAUGAUCAACUCCAUGCUGGAAUCUUCUUGAACAAAAGAACAAAGAAAUAUUGGAUGGAUAAGAAGUCAAACAGUAACUGUUUCAUGUUAUUUCCAAGAGCUCUCUCAAUAACUUGGUCUGAAGAGAGCAAGUACUGGAAAUGGAAAGCCAUGGAAGAGUCAAGUAACCCAAUUGAAGCCAUAGAGCUUGUAAACGUGUGUUGGCUUGAAAUCCAUGGGAAGAUCAAGGCAUCUGAGCUCUCACCAGGAGCAUGGUACGAGGCAGCAUUUGUGGUGAUGAUCAAAGAUCCAGCCUACGGAUGGGAUGUUCCAGUGAACAUAAGGCUCAAGAGGCCAGAUGGGAGCAAGCAAGAGCGCAAAGAAGACAUGGAGGAGAAGCCACGAGGGCGGUGUGACUACUUUUUCUUUGCUUAUUUUCUUUUGUUUUUUUGUUCUUUUUUUAUUCAUUUAUCUCUAUUUCUAGUUUUAUACUAUCGUUCCUUGUAACAUCACAUUUGAUUGGUCCAACUUUUUUAAACAUGUUUAGUUAGAAUAUGCCUAUAAUAUUUUGACGAAUA